AUGAGAAAUAAUAUUCGAUUCAGAGAUAAUGUUGAAUCCGAAGAAGACCUUUUAAAGCUUCAAGAAGACUUUUUAGUAAAUAAACCAAAAGUUGCUGCAACUUUGAUCAGACAAAGUAAACCACCUACUGUCAUAUCAUCCUCUUCAUUUAAUCAUUUAGAGAAAAAUGUUGAUGUUGGAGAAACCCAAAAGGAUAUUGUUACUUUGGAUGAUCAAUUAACAAAAUCAUCCCAUGAAAAAUCAUUAACAUCAUCAAGGUCUGUCAAAGUAGAAACGAAAAGCAAAAAAAAGAAAUCGCUCUUUUCUACAAAACGUCAAAAGUCGCAUGAAAAUGGUGGUGAUAAGACUCAAAGAUUUAAUAUUGAUUUAGAUCAGGAAUUGGAAGGUACCUCUGAUCAAGCUGAGGAGCAUGUGCCCGCAAUAAAAAAAGUUUUAGAUAUGCAUUCUUAUCAAACAGGAAUCGUGGGAGCUGUGACCGAGAAAUCUGUUAACGAACUUGUAUUACCACCCAGUGUUCCCCAUAAUGAUAGUAAAUUAACGAAUGGCGGAUUUCCAAAGCCUGUUCAUCGAAGUUUAUUUAUGCGAAGAAAACAAGCUCUGAAAUCAACCGUUUCACCAUCGUUAUUAAAUACUUUGAAUAAAGAUACUGGGUUAUUUAAUUCGGAUUAUUUGGAAAUUGACCGUGAAAAUACUCAAAAAAUUUCUAAUAUGUCUGAAGAAGAAAUAAUACAAACUAUUGAAAUGUUGCGUCAAACGUUAAGUCCUAAACUGGUUGAAAAGCUUUCAAAGAGUAAACCUUUGAUUGAAAAGAUAUCCGGGGAGUCUCAUGAGGAGUCAAAGAAAAAUGAUAUUAGGAGUGUUCAUUUUGAAGAAACAAUGGAAAGUAAGGAGACGCUACCUGUGAACCUUGUCGAUGAUGAAAAUGAUGAUUCUUCGCCACGUAAAAUGAAAGAAAAAUAUUUCCCCAAUGUGUUAAUCGAACCUGAAAAAAUUGAAUGGAUGCUCGAAAAGGAUAAUCCAUUAAAGAACAAAGGUCAAAUUGUUAGAGAUUCUGUUAGCCCAUAUGUUCCUAAAUCAUCAGAUCCACCUGCCGCAUUUUAUAGAUUCGAUUUUCAUGGUAAUAUCUUAGAGAAGGAUGCAGAUAUCCCUACAUAUAUGGGUCUUCAUCAUCACGGUGAUGAUCCUGAUCAAGCUGGGUAUACAUUGGGGGAAUUAUUUCAUUUGUCAAGGAGUAGAGUUCCAAGUCAAAGGAUUAUUCCUUUAAACGUUAUUGGUAGAAUUAUGAGAAAAGUUAGGAAAGGACAUUAUGGAAUUGAGAAAGAUAAAGGAAUCGCCGAAUGGACGAUUAAGAUGAAAUUGCCUAUAUAUUUGAGAACCGCUUUAGAUGACACAGCAGAAUCAGUUAUCGUGGCCGCUGUUGAUGCAAUAUCUGCUUUGGUCAUCGGUGGGUCAGAUGGUUUAGAUGGUGAAGAAGAAAAUUGGGAUCGUUUUGGAGGGCUAUAUCGAGGAUAUGAGGCCGUCGCUCUUCGGGAUGAUUCUGGAAUCAAGGUUAAAAGACAUUUUGGAAUGGAUAUCGCUUUACAAAGUGAGAACGAAGAGGACAUGAAUACGACUGAUUAUCACGUUGGGCUUGCGUCAAGAGAUUUAAUUGCGGGCUUAAUUUCAAUGGAUGUCUUGUAUCGAUUUCGAUAUAUUUUGGAGAAAUUAAGAUUGCCAUACAAUACAAACGAACAAAUCAUUUUGAUGCUUGUUCGCUUUGCACGCCAUUCUCAUAAAAGUGCAAGGUCCGUAUUCGAAUGUCCUCAGCUUGUCGAAGUCAUACAUAAAAGAUUUUUAUGUAUAACUUGGCCCGUUGUAUAUAAAAACAAUGAAGUUGCACAUUCGACACAAUUUCCAAGUUUACCAGCCGUAAAACUUUUUCGUUUGUUGUGCCAGUCGUCUGAAAAGAUCAGCAAAAGCAUCAUCAAGGAUUAUAUGGAGACGUUUUUAAGAUACAUUGUAGUAAAUCCUUCAACGAUAUCGAAUGAAUUUGAGAUGAACCUUGGUUACAAGAUCUUGCAAGAAACUUUGAGAAUUUAUCAAACUCUUGCAGCAUAUGGGCUUUAUCAUGGAAUUCACUCUCAAGCAUAUUCGGUAUUUUGUGGAUAUUUGUCCAAGGAAAUAAUAUUUUCCCUUCCUCCUUCAUGGCAAUGGAAAGGUGAUAACAUUUACCAAAUGAGAAAUAAGCUUGAUAUAGCAAUAUCAUUUUUCAGACUUAUAGAAAUUUGGAUUCGUGUUCCUAGAAAAGACACUGAUAUAGAUGAUGAAUCGGGGGCUCAGCCGAGCGAAUUUGUUAACGACUCGGUUGAACUCUUGGAUAAAUGGGUUAACUCCUUUCCAUAUGAAAGGUGCGAUAAGGUUGAAAAUUCUGAAGAAUUUGAAAAGGCUUUAGUUUUGAUUUCAAGUAUUGCAAGAUAUAUUUCAUCUUGGUAUCAAUAUUUAAGUGGUUAUCCUCUAAAGGCUACCAAUCAAAUAAAGAGCAUUUGGGAAAGGUUCCAACUGGGUUCAUGGCAAUCUUCAAAAAUUUGUCAAUACCUGUCGAAUCGUCUGCCGGUCUGUUUGGACGCUUAUUAUCUUUACAAGAAUGGUGGUUGGCAAUUGCCUAAUUUACCUGGUGCUUAUUAUCCUGGCACAUUCGAAAGAGUUUCAAAGACUGUGACGAUAUCAAUAUUAUAUGAUUUAUACUCGUCUUACAUAUCAUUGAUUUAUCGAAUCAGCAAUUUAUUUUCGAACGACAAGGAAAUUUCUACAACUUCAUUGGACGUGAUUACUGCAUUUGCUCCUAUAGAUCUCGUGCAAAAGCAUAUCAUUAAGGUUCCACCUAGAGGAAAUUGGGAUGAUUUCUUUAUUAGGACGCGUACUUAUUUAUUAUAUGAGUGGUGGUGUGCCAUCAACACGCUUAUAGACAAUGACGAAUUUAGAUCAAAAUAUUCAAAGAAAUUAUUGCAGACAGCAUUAAUAUUAAUGCCCAAUUUAUUACCCGGAGACGAAAAGAUUAGUUUAGAUCUCCUUAAUAAAAUAUUUGAUGGAAUAGCUGUUUUAUCAUCAGAUUCUAAAAGAGCCAAACAAAUCAAAAAUUCGCUUAGGUCAUUUUAUAAGAAUCACAUUACUUCAAGGAAUGACAAAGAGGAAAUCUAUUCAUUUUCAGGGCAACAAGAAGAGGAACUUGGUUUAUUGUGGGAUUUGACAAAACAUAAUCGUCAUGGAGGAUUACCGUUUUCAAGAGCAUGGUUAUGGAUUCCAAUCGAUAUCUUAUAUAGCAAGAGAUCGGAUGUUAUAAUGGAUGAAGAAGUAAGGAAUGAAGUUGUAAGGGAUUGCUUAGUAUUUGCAUGGGAAAUUAUGCAAAUGUGUCAAGAUAUCACGGACCCAAAUACGAGAUAUGUGAUGAAUCCUGCAAUCGUCGUAUUGUCAAUUAUGAAGAUUUUCUUAUUAGAAGGUGAAUUAUAUAGGGAUUCUAAUAUUGGCGGGUGGAUUGAUGAAAUUCUCUCUCGAUACACCUUUGGAUUUAGAUCGAAAGGGGGGCGAACUCUUGGAGAUCACGAAAUCUUUAAUUCAACCGAAGUUGAUUACUCACUUGAAGGUGCGGCUAGAGAUGUCUUAACAAAACCAUUUUAUACAUUUUUCACGGAUUUUUCAGCUGCAUAUGCAGCCGAAUCAUUUGGGCACAAAUCAUUUGCACAAUGUGUAAUCGUGCCAUUAUCAACCAUUUAUCCUUUGGAUUUCAAAUUACUCGUAUGGAGUGAUCUAUUUGAAACUUUAGGUACAAUUAACGUUGAAUAUGAAGAAGUAUUGUGUUUGAAUUCUUCAUUUAAUGAAGGAUUGAAGAGUUAUUUUUGGCCUUUGGAAGAUAAUAAAGCAUUGCUACAAACUUUUGUAAAUACUAUUAUACAUAAUAAGCUUACACGUGAAAGAACUUCGUUCUUAUAUUGGGUUGUUAUACAUCACUUGAAUGGAUUUGUAUUUUGUACGACGAAUGUAAAACAGGUAAACAGGCAACAAGGGAAUCAAGGGGAAAGUAAGACAAUUGAUAAAGUUCAAAUGAGAAUUGAUAUCGCAAAGGCGAUUGUUAAAGGAGCAAGGUCUGAUGCGAUAAAAGAUUGGGUAAAUUACACCGGAAAGAAUUUUGGAGAGGAUGUAAAAGAAUUAGUGAGGGUUCCUCAAUGUUUUGAAGAAAUAGAUUCGAAAUUACAAGAUAGAUUAGAUUGGUUGAAAAGCGUAAAUAUUGAUAUCGAAGAAAAAUUAAUUUAA